GAGGGAGGGAUAAGUGAUACACUGUAUAUUCUUAGAAUAAUAGUACUAAGCGACAGCAAGGACAGAGAUAUAUGUAUUGUAUAGCCAAGGGUUUCCCAAACUGGGGUCCGCGGACUCCUGGGGUCCGUGACGAAUGCACAGGCGGUUCGCGACGAUAUUAAAAAAGUCUAAUGGAUCUUUAAUGAUUGAUUUGAAGCCAUUGAUUCUUUUCUUUGGAACGUUGUAGACAGAAGUUGCUGAUAAAAUUAUUGUCAGAAAGGGCAAUUAGAAAAAUCUACGUGUGUGAAGCAGCAUUUUUAUCUCUUACCAAUUUAAUGUAAAAAUAUGGGUCGAGAAUUGCCGUAGAGUCGGACCUACGAGUUUGCUCGUCUCAAAUUGCCAUGACAAUUGAUAAAUUGUGCGGUCAAAGGCAAUCUCAUUCAACACAAUAAUAUCGUUCGUGAAACAUUACUCUUCCUCGUUUGUUAGGCAUAGAAUGGGGGGCCGUCAAAAAUAAGAUUCAAAAUCCGCGGCCGAAAAAGUUGGGGAAACACUGGAUAGCCUAAUGAAGAGAUAAAUUUAUAACCAUAAAUAAUAAUACUAGACUAGACUAUAUUUAUAUAAACACAGCUCGCAGUCUCUACUCCCUGCAUAAGCUGCCUGUCACAUUUAAAACUUUUAUGGGAGGCCGAUACAUAUAUAUAUAUAUAUAUACAUAUGACCUUCUUUUACCUAAAGGAUAAAACUUUAGCUUAAUGAAAGGUCUCGGUGAAUGAAAUUUACCGCGAAUUAUGGCGGGUAUGGAUUUGGAAUUGAACUUGACUUCACGUCGAUUUAUGUUGGUUUUAUUGUUGCUGAUCAUAUAUGUUUUAGUGUAUAUAAGGAACGGUCCCACUGAUGUAACUUUUUCAAAACCUUCCCACUGGUACGAAGGACGUACCACUUUCACACCAAAACAUCAUAACGACUGGAUAAUUCCCUUAUUCGAUAGUUUACGGGAUGAACUUGAAAUGAGAAUAUUGAACGCUACAGAUAUGAAGAUAAUACUGGUGUGGAUUCCAAUGUUUGGUAUGAAGCCGGUACACGAGAUCGACGCAAAAAAAUGUGGUAGUUGUGAAGUAACAUACGACAGAGAAAAGAUAGACGAUGAAAGAACUGGAGCGGUUGUUUUUCACUUCGAUGGAAUCGGUCCCAAAAAUAUGACACCGACAAGAAACCUAAGUCAACUUUACAUAUACUGGGACCUGGAAUCGACUGCAAACCUUCGCAGCAGCAGAGGAGAUACUUUAGAGUUCGAGGACAAUUUUCAGUUUAAUGCAACUAUGACAUACAGAAGGGACUCGGAUUUCUAUCAAAGUUAUGAACACAAAUAUGGUGUGACAAGAAUUAUUGAAGAAAAUACGCUCACACUAGAGGAACUGCUUGCGAUGAAAACCAAGCAUUCAGUCACAUUCGUCUCAAACUGUCGUGCUAAUGCUAGAGCGCGUUUUCGAAUGAAAAUGCUGGAGCAUAUAAUACGAUUAGGAUUCAAACUGGAGGGAUUCGGUGCAUGCUUUUGGGGAAGUGGCAAGUUUGCAAAUGGUAAAAGCCGAGACGAACCUAAAUUCUAUGCGGAAGUCAGAAAAUAUAAAUUUCACUUUUCUUUUGAAAAUUCCUAUCACUGUAAAGACUACAUUACUGAGAAGUUUUUCAACAAUGCUCUCAGAUCCUUUACUGUUCCUGUUGUCUGGGGUGCGACGAGGGAGGAUUAUGAAGCAGUCGCACCACCUGGAUCAUUUAUAUUUGUUGAAGACUUUGAUUCCGUGGAGGCUUUAGCCGAUUAUCUUAAUUAUUUAGACAAAAACGAUACGGCAUAUUUAGAAUACCUCAAGUGGUUGACAAUGAAGCCAAGAGAUAUGCCUCACUACGGAAGAGCAAGACAUUGGUGUUCGAUAUGCAGAGCUCUACAUGGAAUUAACAUUGACGACAUCUACAGUCCAAAAUACAACAAGACUAACCCAAUUAGACCAUUAUUUACAGACGGCGUCGCAACGAGGACUGUCGAGCACUUAAAAGACUGGUAUUACGGAGAAGAUAAUCCCGAGUGUUUUUCGAAAUAUUGACAAUCAGAUAAUUAGCGGAAUUCGGUCUUAUAAUUCCAGGAUAAGCGUUCAUCCUUUGAUUACUCAUUGUCCUUGUACAUUCUAUGUAGCGGGCCGAUUGUGCAGUCGAUACUAUUUUUGCUCACACUGAAUGCUGUUCACCUCGGACAAUAAAUGAGCAAAAACCUUACCUAUUUUUUGUCGACAUAUACAAAUAUUUGCAAUAUUCAAGUGGACGUGACUACAGAUUCCAUAUUCCUUGUUUUUCAGAUUCAAUACGAACAAAACUAAGUUCAUUUUAUAGGUCAGAUCGCGAUGCCACUGCUCUACUCCUGUUUAUAUCGUUUACUGGGUUAAAAUUUUGAAAUUCGUUUUUCCUCUUGAGAAACCGCUAAUACAUGAACCAAGAAUACGCCGAUAGAAGAAAGAAAUUUAUAAUACAAAUCAGGGGUGUGCAACUUUUCUUACAGUUGGACCAGAUACGAGUAAGUAGGUGGAGCCGCGGGCCGCACCCAACUUUUGCCGCCUCCUCCCACUAUCCACGGUCUUUGUUUAGCGUAGCCGAGUCGCCCAACUCAAAGAUAAAAAACCUACCGUUAUUAGUUUGUAUUCGGUAUUUCUCUGUUCUUUUGAUGUGUACCUUUUCUAUUUACUACGCAGUAACCUAAUUUUAACGAGUUUUGUGGGGGCUUUGAAUGGAUUACAUUAGGACAUUUACUGGUAAAAUGUGUCCCUACUUACGAAAUGUUGUAUCUACAAAGGGGCUUCCGAAACGAGUUAAUUUUGUAGGUAGAGUUUCUACUGUAGUGGCGAGCACAAUUUUUUUUGUUA